AUGGUUGGUCCUAAACUACAGGACGACCUGUUUGUUAUUCUCACUCGUUUCCGGUCCCAUAUUCAUGCUCUUACCGCAGAUAUUGAAAAAAUGUAUCGGCAGAUUCGUGUCCACCCGGUCGACACUAAAUAUCAAAAAAUUAUUUAUCGAAAUGGCCCUCAAGCAUCGAUAAAUACGUACACGCUCGACACCGUUACUUAUGGUACGGCUUCUGCCUCUCACUUGGCUGUUCGAUCGCUACAUCAGCUAGCUAAAGACGAGGGUCACUUAUAUCCUUUAGCAGCCACCGUUUUAAUGAGAGACUUUUAUGUUGAUGACGUCCUCACAGGGGCUAAUAGCCUUACCGAGGCUGCCCUACUUCGGGAUCAACUUAACGAAUUACUGAAAAAAGGUGGGUUCAAUCUACGAAAAUGGGCUUCCAGCUCUCCCGCUCUGAUUUCUAAUUACCCCGAGCAUCCUACGUCCACUCACAUGUCUCUCAACCUAGAGGCCACUGUGAAGACUCUAGGUAUUCACUGGAACUCUCGGGAAGAUACAUUAUUCUAUAGCGUAAACCUCUCUAAAUUCAAAUCAUUCACGAAAAGAACUAUUUUAUCUCAAAUAGCCAAGUUGUUUGACCCACUGGGUUUCCUAGGUCCAGUCAUCGUCUAUGCUAAAAUCAUCAUCCAGCUUUGCUGGAAAUCUGGGGUCAGCUGGGAUGAAUCCAUUCCCCAGAACAUCCAUGAGAUGUGGGUCGCCUAUCAGGAACAAUUAUCUCUGCUUGAAAAACUACGUUUUCCUCGAUGUCUUAUAUGUCCUGGUGUCUUAAAUAUCCAAAUUCAUGGCUUUUGCGAUGCAAGCGAGAAAGCCUACGGCGCAUGUCUUUACUUACGCUCUACAACUUGCGAAGGCGCCGUGCAAGUACAAUUAAUUUGCUCAAAAUCUCGCGUUGCACCCGCCAGUACAGUAAGCCUGCCUCGUUUAGAGCUCUGCGGUGCAGUGCUCUUGGCAAAUCUAUAUACGACCGUACGUGAGUCACUUUUACUGGCCAUUGAUGACGUAUAUCUAUGGUCAGACUCGACCAUCGCUUUACAUUGGCUGAAAACUCCUCCUCAUCGUCUCAAAACCUUUGUAGCAAACCGAGUAGUUGAAGUGCAGAGGAUGACUCCCCAUUGUCAUUGGCGUCAUUUGUCAUCCCAAGAUAACCCUGCUGAUUUCAUUUCACAAGGCCAGCUUCCUUCCGAGUUCAUUAAAAAUACCCUCUGGCCUCGGGGUCCAGCUUGGUUGACGUUCAACUCAGAUUUUUGGCCCCAAAGAGUCUUGCAGACAAUCGAUAUCCCUGAGAUCAAACCAAAUAUUGAAGAACUGAUUGCCUGCCUUGCACUGAACUUCAAAGGCAUAAAUGUCCUUGAAAGGUACAGUUCUUUCGGUAAACUUCAGCGAGUAAUCGCUUACGUGUUACGUUUUAUUCAUAACAUUAAAAAUACAGCCCAGCGACGUGCUGGCGCGCUAACUCCUCUAGAAAACUCAGGGUCUCAUUCUCUCAUAAUGAGGCUUACUCAAUAUUCAGCCUUUUUGAAGGAAAUUUAA